AUGGCUGAUCACGAAUCAAAAUUUGAACGUCUUGCGAGGCAAGUCGAACGGAUUGUUCGAAUUGUUGAUUAUGAUGAAGAAGAAAGGCAUGAGAGAGAAUCCUCAAAUAAUUUUCGUGGUCAAAAUGCAGAUGAUGUUCUAGCCAGGUUACGUGCUAAUCAUGGUGGUGAACGUUAUCAAGUCACGAGAAUUGUGGAAGAAGUGUUCAAUCGAGUUGGUUUGAAUGUUGGUUUUAUGAAUCAACCCCAUUUUGUGUCUGCUUUUCCUCAAGUAGUUCAAAUGGCUGAAGUGCCAAGAGGGGUGAAAAAUCCAAAGAUAAUCACAAAAUUUGCAAGGGAAGUUGGAGAAUCAACCACUGAACAUGUCGCUCGAUAUUUGGUCGCGAUUGGAAAUUUAGCCAACGAUGAGAAUUUGAAAAUGAAGUUUUUUCCUUCUUCGUUAACGAAGAAUGUGUUUACAUGGUUUUUGAAUCUCAGGCCAAAUUCGAUAAUAACAUGGAAUCAGUUGGAAACUGCUUUUCAUGCUCAAUUUUAUCGAGAAAAAUUGAAUGUAGCAGUUACUGACCUAGUUGUUUUGAAACGAGAAGAUGGUGAAACCAUUGAUGACUAUAUGAUACGUUUCAAAAAUGCUAGAAGUAGGUGCUACGUGUCAUUACCUGAGAGUGAAAUUGUGAAAAUAGUAGUUAUGGGGUUAGGAUUUUAUAUGCGUCGAAAACUGCUUAAUGUGCAUAUCUCUAACUUAGCUCAUCUGGCUAAAAGGGUUCGUCAGGUUGAAUUGAUGAAGAAAGAAAAGGAGAAAUAUAGGAAUGAACAAAAGUUAAAGAGUAAACCUUUUACUCGAAAGGAGAAGGUUGCUUAUGUGACCAUGUAG